AUGUUCGAUUCGAAAAGGCGAGAAAUUUUUCAAGAACACAUCAAUAAACGUGUUCUUGUCGAAUGGGUUCGCAUAACAGGAUUAGAUAACAAAGCAAAAUGGAAGCUUGAUCGACUGCUUUCUUAUCUAUCUAACACUAUAACAGGCUAUACUGGUACCGAAAACGCUUUCACCUGGCCUACAUUUGCAGGUGUCAGUGGUGGUAUACCUGCGUAUCGUGCGAAAGUUUCUUACGCGUAUUGGAGAUACUUCAUGUCUGAGGGUCGCCGAAGGCUUGCUGAACAUAAUAAAGAACAAGGAACAAAAAUAGCUGUAAUUAAGGAGCAAACAUUGAGAAACCAAGAUAGCAAUAAUUUUGGCUUGCUCGUCAGGAAAAAAUUAUACUCACUGUAUGCUUCAAAGAAAGUCAAAGCUCCUGAGAUAUCCGUCAAAAGAGGAUUACUACACAUUGGAAAAAAUAUGUUAUUAUAG